UUCAGCAGCAGCAGGAGAACAUGAGGAACCAACAACUGGAGAACAGCUCAAGAUUUCCACCAGGACGACACGAUAAAACUGCACCCGGAGACCACACGUUCAGCCCGAGGAGUCUCUUUCUCUGAGUGUAGCCGAUGAAAUCUUGUCGUCGGUGUGGCAUCAGUCAAGCUUUACAAAUACUGGUCAGCUGACAUGGGUAUUUAAACUGCUGAUUUUGAAUGAAGAAAUAAAUCAUCUGUGAUCAGUCAUGGCUGUCCAGACUGGGAUCCAGGUGUGGUUUGGGGAGAAGUUUGACGCCCCCUUGCUGAGCCCUAGGAGCCCUCGCAGCCCGUUAGCACAGCGGCAUGGUCCCGGCCUCGCCGACGUCUUCCAGUACGACCAGUGGUUGGCGGUGCGACAUGAAGCCACCCUGGUGCCCAUGCAGGAGGAUCUUGCCAUCUGGCUCACCGGCAUGCUGGGAGAGGAAGUGAGAGCUGAGUUUUUCAUGGAGGAGCUGAAUAACGGCGUGAAGCUCUGCCAGCUUAUCGGUGUGCUGCAGACCAAAAUCGCCCAGAGCAGCCCCUCUGCGCUCGGCAAGCUCUUUCCCACGAGGAAGGUUGCAUGCAAGCGGGACGCUUCUCCAGGUUCCUUCUUUGCUCGUGACAACACGGCCAACUUCCUGGCCUGGUGUCGACAAAUCGGUGUGGAGGAGACGUACCUGUUUGAGUCAGAGGGCCUCGUGCUGCACAAAGAGCCUCGGCAGGUUUGUCUCUGCCUGCUGGAGAUCGGCCGCAUCGUCUCCAAGUAUGGAGUGGAACCUCCUGUGCUGGUGAAGCUGGAGAAGGAGAUCGAGUUGGAGGAGACCCUGCUGCUGACGGAGGAGCCGCCUCCAGCCGUCAAAACCUUCAGUGUGUGCUGCCAGCAUGGCGGCCUCUACCAGCCCGGGGAGCACGGCAUGGAUGACCCGCCCUGCAACUGCUCCAACAGAGUGUCUAUCGAGUACCUGUCUGAGGGACGCUACAGACUCGGAGAUAAGACCAUCUUUAUUCGGAUGCUCCAUGGUAAACAUGUGAUGGUGCGGGUAGGUGGUGGCUGGGACACUCUGCGUGGUUUCCUGAUGAAAUACGAUCCGCUGCGAGUGCUGCAGUUCACCACUCUGGAGCAGAAGAUUCUGGCCUUUCAGAAAGGCCCCCCAGGCCUGGGUGGUCACCAUGGCAACGCAGCUCCACCGCCUCCUCCUGACAUGGACCCCCUCGCUGCCGUCAACAACCUCAUCUCCUCCUCUUCAUCCUCUUCUUCCUCCUCCACCUCUUCGUCUUCCUCUUCCUCAGCCUGUAAGCCGACGUCGGUGACGGCAGCAGGUCAGACGUGUCGGUCCUAUAACGCCUCCCCGGCCUGCACCCCCACGCUGCCCAGGAAAGGUUCUGCCUCGGCUCCCAAGAAGAACUUCCAGAUGACACCUUCCUCCCCCAGGAAGCCCACCCAGCUGCCCCUGCCCAUCACCACCAAAAGCUCCUCCUCUCUGCCCUCCACACCGGUGGGAGGCUCCUCCAGACAGACACCCAGCCCCGGGUGUCAGAGUGCCCAGCGUCGAGCCGUGACUCCAGCAGCGGCUCCAUCAGCUGCCCCUGUAGAGCCGAACCCCGCCUCCAAACUCAAGCUCCGACCAUCACCACACGGCGCCACCUCCCAGCCCAGGAGCCCCGUCUGCCCCGAGCCAUCCUCCAAAUGCCCCAAACCCUCCAGCCCCUGCACCUCCCCCACCUCCUCCUCUGUGCCUCGCCCCGUCACUGCUCCAGUGCGGGGGGCGCCGACCCCUAAAGAUGACCGACCCCCAACAGGCGCCAGCCAGCGCUCUCGCCUCGCACAGCGCCGCCCCGGUUCUCCAGCCUCACGCCUCCGUCUAGAGGCAGCCAGGCGGGCCAGGACGGCCACCAGGGCUGCAGUGACGCCAGCUCCCAGAGCAGCAGCAGCAACAGCUCCACAGACCCGGACCCCCACCCCCAGCUCACGGACAGCCUCCCCAGCACUCGCUAAACCCGCCUGCUCCUUGUCGAAGGGCAAAGAGGUCACAGCCAAAACCAAGGGCCCGGCCCCAAACAAGGCGGCUGCCGCCCCUUCACGAGGUACUGCUGUUGUCCCUGGGCGGGUCCCAGGGGGCAACACCGGCCCGUCUGCCACCAGCAAAGCCAAUCAGAAAACACCAGCCACAGCACAGAGGGUGGGGCGAAAACCGGCCGCCACCACGAACCCCAUCAAGUCCACUCUAAAACCUGAACCAGCUCCAGCUCUGGCCACGCUGAAAAGCCCCAACGCCAGAGUGGUUAAAGCCGAGCCCAGCAUCAGUAAGAAGAUCCCACAGUGGAAGGGCAAAAGUGAGGACCCUUACUUCGAAAUGAACAGCAGGCGGAGGCAGAAGACGUAACUGAGCGCGCUCAGAAGACUUCAACAAAACCAGCCGGCUGGUGACUCAGCUUCCAUCUCAAACCAGCACUUGUUGGAGCUCAGACUAAUCCUCGUGAACAAGCUCAUCACUUUUGACCAUGUUUUUUUUUGUCUACAAUUAUAUUUUUGUUGAUUUUUGUAUCUUAUUUAAUAGUCUUUUAUUUUUUAUGUUUUAAUCCAAAAGGGUCAAAGAUGUUUGUUUUGUCUUUGUGGUGAUUCAGUCUCUGUGGAGGCGUCAUAUCCACGUACCCCAGUAACACUACCACUUGCACAAUGUUUACAUUUUCACCUUUGUUACAUGUACAGCUGUUAAAAAUCAUUUGUCCUGAGUUUUAAACAACAAAGAAUAGAAGUUUGUCAGAAAGUCAUGUUUAAAUACUAACCUCAGCUUUAUUUUUUUAAUUCAACACUAGGACACAGUCAUGAUUUAGUAAAGACACUGAGGUUUCAGGAUCCAGAUUUGUUUUUAUUCUCAGAGAAAACCAAGGAAGGCUUCUGUCCUGUUUUCUCCAGCAGGUUACCAAAGGUGUGAAGUGGAACAUGGUUUCUGACUUAUUUUCCCCAGUGAGAACACACUUUCCACUGGUGGACAGUCAGGUCUGUGUGAUUUUUGUAUAAAUGAUAUCUAGGUGGGAGGCGUUGUUACGAACACGCCUCCCUGUCGUGUGCCUUCAUCAGAAACCUUCUUUCUGAGCGGCAUUAGAAUGUAUUAGCUGAUGGAGGGUGGCGGGUUUAAAUGGUUUGUACUGAUGAAUAUUGCACAGUGUGUACAAGCACUCAUGACUUUAGAGGAAAGCCAGAAUCUCGGAUGAACUACUGAUCAAACGCCUCUUCUAACGGAAAACUCUGGAGGCCUCCAGCGGCCGACAUCAUUUUAGAGCAGACUCUACUUGGUAUAGACUCCUUUUAUAUGGUUUCUAAGUUUUUGUGCGUAUUAAAAAUCUAGUUUUCUAUGUGGUGGUGUUUGUGUAUGUGUGUGUGAUGAUACAGUAUAUUCGCAGUGAGGCUUUUUUCUUAUUUGGCACUUUACAGAAACCUCUGUUGGUCACGAUAUGAAUGUUGAUUCUGUCGAUUGUGUCUCCUGUUUCAGCUACCUUUCUUUUGUUUUGUCAUUUUGAUUAAUAAAUGGACAAGUGUUUUAAAAAUCA